AUGGCUAAACGUUCUAGAAGAAUAGAUUCAACGGACGAUGACAAUGAGUACGACUAUGAGGAGGCAGAGGCACAACCUAGGAGGAGUACAAAGAACAUUUCAUACAAUGAAGACGACGAUGACGAAAAUGCAACUGAUGUUCAAGUAGAUGAACAGGCUGAUGCGGUACCUGCGGAUAACAACGCCAAGAAGGAAGACGAACUUGAUAGUGAUGACCCAUUUGGAGUACCAACGUCGCCUGAAAAAGAUGACGAUAGUGAAGAUUACGUCGAGGAAUCCGAUGUAGAGAUUAGAGGUCCAGGAAGAAAAAAGAGAAAAGUUGGCAGAAAAGGAAGAGCAAAAGGGAGGUCAAAUAAGCCCCGCAUAGAUAGCGAAGAUGAAGAAUUUAGAGAUGAUGGUGACGAUAGUGACGAGGAGGAGGAUGAUUUUAUCCUUUCUGAUGACGAAUUUGUUGAAAGAAAAAAACGCGAUAAUUUCAUUGUUGAAGACGAGAACGAAUGGGAUGACGGAGAAAGUGAAUAUGGAGUCAGGCCAAAGAAGAAAAGAGGACGUAAGAAAAAGAGUAGGUCAGAAUCAGCCGAGCCCAGAAGGGCAACAAGAUCAGGAAAAGUGCUACAAGAAUUGGACCCCGGCUUUAUUGGAGACGAUACUCACGAUGAUGGACAAGAUGACGUCGAUGAUAUACAGAGGGAAAUAGCUGAGCUAUAUGAUUCGUCGCCAAUGAGGGACUCUGAACCUUCACAACAUAAAUUGAGACAAAGAGCUAAAGUGGAUUAUACCAUUCCCCCACCGAUCACCAAUGACUUGAUGCUUGAAAGACCUUCAACGCCAGCCAGCAUUAGAAACAGGCGAGGAAGACCCGCUAAUAAGAGUGACUUUCGCAAAAUCUUGUACCCUACAGCAGGUCCUUUUGGUGGCAGUGACGUGAUAUCGUUGUUUGGAACAAAUAUCCCACCAGGAGGUAUUCCUUUACCGGGAAUGAGCGAUCCUAAUAACCUUACCGCAAUAGGUCAAAAUGUAAGUGACUCAGACAGUUCAGAGGAUGAAAUUGCUCCCAUUAAUGGCGAAGCUACAAUUAGUCACAAGGAGAAGAAGCCUUCAAAGUCAGAAGGUAAAUUGCUUACUGGUGGAUCUGAUGAUAAGAAAAAGGCGAAGAACAGCCUAAGUGAUACUGACCCUCUUGGAGUGGAUAUGAAUAUUGAUUUUUCAGUUGUUGGAGGAUUGGACAACUACAUCAACCAAUUGAAAGAAAUGGUUGCGUUACCUCUAUUGUACCCAGAAUUGUAUCAAAACUUUGGUAUUACUCCACCAAGAGGUGUAUUGUUUCACGGCCCACCGGGAACUGGUAAGACAUUAAUGGCAAGAGCAUUGGCAGCAAAUUGUUCCACGCCUGAGAGAAAGAUUACUUUCUUCAUGAGGAAAGGUGCUGAUUGUUUGAGUAAAUGGGUCGGAGAGGCUGAAAGACAGUUGCGGUUACUAUUUGAAGAAGCCAAGAACCAGCAGCCAUCCAUUAUCUUCUUUGAUGAGAUUGAUGGUUUGGCUCCGGUGAGAUCGUCUAAACAAGAGCAAAUCCAUGCUAGUAUAGUUUCUACUUUGUUGGCAUUGAUGGAUGGUAUGGAUAAUAGAGGACAAGUGAUUGUUAUUGGGGCGACAAAUAGACCUGAUGCAAUUGAUCCAGCUCUACGAAGACCAGGUAGAUUUGACCGAGAAUUUUAUUUCCCAUUACCUGAUAUCAACGCGAGAAAGGAAAUUUUAACCAUUCAUACAAGAAAAUGGACGCCGCCAUUGGAUGAAACGUUUUUGAGCAACCUUGCUGAACUUACAAAGGGAUAUGGGGGUGCCGAUUUGAGAGCUCUAUGUACUGAAGCGGCGUUGAAUAGUAUCCAAAGGAAAUAUCCUCAGAUUUACGAGACGAAUCACAAAUUGGCAGUAAAGCCUGAAAAGGUUAAAGUUAUUGCCAAGGACUUUAUGAUGGCGCUUGACAAAAUUGUUGCUUCCAGUGCAAGAUCGACCUCGUCCGGGUCUGCUCCUUUGCCUGAAAAUCUUAAGCCUUUGCUAAUUGACAGUUUUGAGCAGAUUAAAUCAAAAUUAAAAGAUUUGAUACCUGUCUCCAUCAGUGUUACUGGACGUAAAAAGCUCACCACUUUAGAAGAAGCCAAGUACCUUGAUCCAACCAUUCACGACAAAGAUGGUGGGUUUGGAAAACAACAGUUGUUGAAAAACUUGGAAAAUGCUAGAAUUUGCCGGCCCCAUUUGCUUGUAAGCGGCGAGGAAGGGAACGGGCAGCAGUAUCUUAGUGCCGCCGUUCUCAACUACUUGGAAGGAUUUCAAGUACAGUCACUUGAUCUUGGAACCAUGUUUGGAGAUUCUACGCGAACAACAGAACUGGCUAUCAUUCAGGCAUUCAUUGAAGCUAGGAGACAUCAGCCUGCCAUAAUAUUGAUUCCAAAUAUUGAUGUUUGGUAUCAAAUUUUACCCGACUCUGCAAAGGCUACAUUAUCAAGUCUACUACGUGGGUUGAGAAGCAACGAAAAGAUUUUAUUGCUUGGAUUUUCGGAAACUCCGUUGCACUAUUUGGAUGAUAGAAUCAAGUAUCUAUUUGGUUUGGAAAAUUCGUCAAACAAUGUCAUCUUGCAGAAUGCAACCAAACUGGCGAGAAAAGAGUUUUUCCUGACGGUGUGGAAGACCAUUUUAAUGAAGCCAUAUGAAUUUGUUAAUGACUUGCAAAACAGACCCAGAAGGAAAUUGAAACAACUCAAAGUUGUUGAGACUGUAUCCAAUUUGUCAAAUCAGGAGUUAAUCAAGAGGAAGAAAAAAGAACAAGAGUACAAUGAUACAAAAUUGAAAAACACUCUCAAAAUUAAGCUUGCCAGUUUGAUGGACUUGUUCAAAGUAAGGUACAAACGGUUCAAAAAGCCAAUUGUUGACGAAAACUUGCUCUACCAUUUAUUCGAUCCUUUAGUGUUGGAAAAUCCACUCAACAAUUAUCAAGUUUUGUACACUAGAGCCGACGAACCGGGUCAUGAAAAUAUGAUUAAGGAGUUAGCAACUGGCAAGAAUUAUUACAACAUGGAUCUUGAUACAAUUGAGGAAAGAUUAUGGAAUGGCUUUUACAGUGAACCUAGACAGUUUCUCAAGGACCUCAAGUUGAUUUUAAAAGAUUGCAUCACGUCUGGUGAUCGAGAAAGAAUCCUAAAGGCGAAUGAAAUGAUUACUAAUGCGCAAUUUGGUAUUGAUGACUUUUCUACACCAGAAUUUUUAAAAGCUUGUAAGGAGAUGAGAGAGAGGGAUAAAGCAAAACAAGAGAAAUUAUUGAAGGAAUAUGAGGUGUUGAAAUUGAAGAUGCAGAAUGGUGCUGUUGAGCAAGUCGCAGAGGUGGCUAAUGUUGAAAAUAAUGGCAGUGCUGCCACUGCGACAGAGCAGGAGUCUGUCUUGACACCUCUUCCUAAUGGGGACGCUUCUCAUCAGAAGGAGGAGAUAGCUGCUGCAGCAAUGGAUGUGGACUUCCAUGAGGACAAGAAAGAGUCACUCGCUGAAUCAAAUGAGCAACAGAAAGAAGAAAUCGAGCAACCAAGGGAGGAAGUCAAGGAACAGAAAGAGGAGAAUGAGGCAGAACCACAAGUGGAAGCAGAGGUGGAGAAAGAAGAUUCUGAAUCUGAAGCUGAGGAUUCUUUUGCAAUUGACCACUCCAGGGAAAUAGUACUCAACAAAGAUUUGUUCGACAAGCUCAAGAAACAGGUUGUCAAAAUCACCGACCAGUUUACCAUUGACAGAUUAGAAAUGGUCAUGGCCAGAUUGAUGGAUAUAGUCUGGAAUGAUAGAAACGAAUGGGACAAGACUUCAACUCUUGACAAUAUUGAAAAAGUAUUAACCUCAUUCCAACCUACAUCUUAA